AUGAGUUCCUCUUCCUCAGACGCUUCGGCCCACUUUCCCNCACCUGCACUGCGCAGCACCUUGAACGAAGUGACUUCGCUCCUACACUCUCGCAAUCAAACCAUCGCCAUUGCCGAAACUGCAGCUGGAGGCCUACUUUCCUCAUCUAUCAUAUCCACCCCAGGUGCCUCCAAGAUCUACAAGGGCGGUUUGACACUCUACACCCUGCCAUCGCGAAUUGCCUACGCAGGUUGGAGCGACGAAAACAUCAAGGGCUACAAAGGACCUACCCCUGAGAUUGUUGCUGGACUGGCGAAACAUGUGCGAGGGGAACUCAAGGCAGAUUAUGUGAUUGCCGAGUCGGGGACUGCGGGGCCUACUGGCGGUGACACGAAAAACAGGACGCCUGGGUAUGUUGCGCUUGCUGUGGAUUGUGAANAGGGCACAUUUACUAGAGAGGUGGAGACUGGAUUGGGAGGUGAUAGAGUUGCGAAUAUGGUGCAGUUCGCAGAGGAAGGGUUGAAGUUGGUCAAGGAUGUCAUUAAUGGAGAUGCGAAGCUCUAG